GGCGGCAGUUGGACUUCAACUCUCAGACAGGACGAAGCGCCUGCCACAGGAUAAACCGACAGCGAAAGAAUUCAAACACCAAACCACGCCGCAUCGUGAUAGUAAAUUAAUAGUAGUACAACUACUACUGCAGUAGUAGGCGGCGCUUUUCAAUCGAACCGAACAGGAGGAUGAUGGCGUGGCAAGGAGAGAAACGAGAGGAGGGGGAGUGCAAGGACUACGAGGCUGUUUCAUUAAAAUUGGGAUACAGACAAAACGCGGCUCGCAGGACACCGGAUACGUCUGUGUGCGUUUGUGUGCCGCAUCCAUUCAGGAGGCAACAAAGAAAAGGGACGGAAGACAUUUUUCAGUGGUGACUUUCUCGACAAAAUCCAAAAAAAAAGGACAAAACGGUUCGGUUCUUAUUCGGUUUCUCGGCUUUCGGUUUCGGGGUAGUUCCUCAAUCUCCUAGAAGCAGAACAAGAUGAUGAACCUGAAGAAGAAGCCGACAAAAAAACCGCUUUGCAAAAGUUCGGCGCUCUUUUGCUCUAAGUCGACAAAAAAGAAGCAGAGAACAACAUAAAAAUAUAUGCACGAGGUGGCGAAAGCUAAGCGAGAAUUCGGCGGCAGAUGACAAGGACAACGCCACGCACAUGGCGGCAAGGCUACAACACGGAUACAGGAUACGGCCAACCGGAUAUUAAACUAUCAACACUAGCCAGCACAGCAAAACAACAAAACUGAGGCAUAACUAUUAGCGUGGACUUCUGUGGACCCUGUUGGGAGAAAAAAACAGAAAAACAGGACACCAUGGCGGCAACGGCUACGGAAACGGGAACAGGUCCUGCGGCCACCAGGGAGUUUGUCGAGGGUUGGACUUUAGCCCAAACUCUGGGCGAAGGAGCCUACGGCGAGGUGAAGCUGCUAAUCAACCGGCAGACUGGCGAGGCUGUGGCCAUGAAAAUGGUGGAUCUGAAGAAGCAUCCGGAUGCGGCGAACUCGGUGCGCAAGGAGGUCUGCAUACAGAAGAUGCUCCAGGAUACGCAUAUCCUGCGCUUUUUCGGUAAGCGCUCGCAGGGCACCGUGGAGUACAUUUUCCUGGAAUAUGCCGCCGGCGGAGAGCUAUUCGAUCGAAUCGAGCCCGAUGUGGGAAUGCCGCAGCAUGAAGCCCAGAGAUAUUUCACACAGCUCCUGUCCGGACUCAACUAUCUGCAUCAGCGUGGGAUCGCCCAUCGGGAUCUGAAGCCGGAAAAUCUGCUGCUGGACGAACACGACAACGUGAAGAUAUCCGACUUUGGCAUGGCCACCAUGUUUAGGUGCAAGGGCAAGGAGCGACUGCUGGACAAACGGUGCGGCACCUUGCCGUAUGUGGCCCCGGAGGUCCUCCAAAAGGCCUAUCACGCCCAGCCGGCGGAUCUGUGGUCCUGUGGCGUUAUUCUGGUCACUAUGCUGGCGGGGGAACUGCCCUGGGAUCAGCCGUCCAUUAACUGCACGGAGUUUAUCAACUGGAAGGAUAACGAUCACUGGCAGCUGCAGACUCCUUGGAGCAAGCUGGACACCUUGGCCAUUUCCCUGCUCCGCAAGCUUUUGUCCACCAGUCCUGGGACGCGAUUAACCCUGGAGAAGACCCUGGAUCACAAAUGGUGCAACAUGCAGUUUGCAGACAAUGAUCGUUCCUAUGACCUGGUGGACUCGGCGGCUGCCCUGGAGAUUUGUUCGCCGAAGGCCAAGCGGCAGCGUCUGCAGUCGAGUGCCCACUUGAGCAAUGGCCUGGAAGACUCCAUCUCGCGCAACUAUUGCUCCCAGCCCAUGCCCACGAUGCGCAGCGAUGAUGACUUCAAUGUGCGGCUGGGCAGUGGUCGCUCCAAGGAAGACGAUCGCCUGGCCUUCGCCCAGGAGGCACGACCCAGUUACUCCUUCUCACAGCCAGCCCUGCUGGACGAUCUCCUGUUGGCCACGCAAAUGAACCAAACGCAGAGCAGCGCCUCGCAGAACUAUUUCCAGCGUUUGGUGCGGCGGAUGACGCGAUUCUUUGUGACCACGCGGUGGGACGACACCAUCAAGCGAUUGGUGGGAACCAUCGAGCGACUGGGUGGCUAUACGUGCAAAGUCGGGGACGAUGGCGUGGUCACCGUUUCCACCGUCGAUCGGAAUAAGCUGCGACUGGUCUUCAAGGCGCACAUCAUCGAGAUGGAUGGCAAGAUUCUGGUGGACUUCCGGCUGUCCAAGGGCUGUGGCCUGGAGUUCAAGCGACGCUUCAUCAAGAUCAAGAAUGCGCUGGAGGAUAUUGUGCUCAAAGGACCCACCACCUGGCCCAUUGCGAUUGCUACCAAUUCGGUGCCUUAGCUAAUAGUAUAUUUCGAUCUUAAGCAAACCUCUCUUAAAUUUGUUUACCACUACAUUUACUCAUGCAUCACCUUCUUCGAUCAGAUUUAUCUAAACUUCUCAAUGUGCUAACUUAUUCCUAAUUCAUUGCAUUAUUUACGAUUACGUUAUGUAUUGUUAAGAGGGCUCUCCCAUGAUUUUAAUUUUGUUGAAUCUUAAAGCGAAGGCCGGGUAUUGAAAGUUAGUUAGUUUAAAGCGUUAUGAAACAAUAAAUCGAAUACGAUUUGGAUUGAAA